UCAUACUUUGGCCACAUCCUGCAAGGGCUCCCAGACUUGAGACCGCUCUCGAUGUCGUGUCGUUGGCUUCGGGCGGCAUACACCCUGGUAUUGGGGCGUUCUGGCCUCGUUGUUAAUGUUAAGGUGGUAGAGUUGCUGACACCGUACGCAGCUGCUGAUACAAUUGGCCGCUAACGUAUGUCGAGUUCGGGAGCACUGAUUUCAGAAGUCUGCUUCAUGACUCGACUUGCUUGAGUAUAGGCACUUUGGCACGCUUGAGCCACGCUUUCCAUGUUCUUUGUCCUUCAAAACGAAACAAAGCGCGUAUGGUCCAAGUGGCCACGUUCCAACAGAUGAGCACCCUAUAAGUACCGUUUCUCGCUGCUGCACCUCUUCAAACCCGUCUGUUGUGUGUACCUGCAGUUCUCCAUAUUCGCCGACGACAUGUCUCAUUCGUCGUUCCUACAAGCCUUCCGAUCGUCUAUCAAUGACCAACAGGCCAUUCCUCCCUCCUACUCUCCUCGAGACAUCCUGGCACUUGCCCUCUCCCAAGGUGCUCUAGACGGACUGUCCACAAUCCUGGCCCGCGCCGCAUACGACCCGAACACAUCCGUGCAAGGCAUCGCGCAAGUCAUCGCGUCACUCGAGCGGGUGGGCAUCGACUUCUCCGGCGCGCGAGCGGCACUGGCAAGUGCGGUGGCGCGCCACUGUGUGCGGUGCCACAGGACCUAUCGCGACCGGGAGAACGGGCCAAAUGCUUGCGUCAUCUAUCAUCAAUCCUCGGACGAUACGCACGACUUGGGGAACACUGGCCUGUAUCCGUGUCUGUGUCAAGGCAUGAGCGCGAUGUUUGGCGUCGUGGAGGCUACCGGCGAAUGCUACCGCGGAUGGCACACAGACAAGCCAGAGCAAGUGGACUACAUAUCAUCGAGCGCGAUCCCAUGCGAUGGCUACAACUGCGGAAGCAACAAACCUGCCUUUGCAUGAUGUCUGGAAUAGGAUGUUUGCAACGUCGUGCCUUCUAGACGAACCUAUACGAUGAUCUUCGUGGACCAGAAAAUCGGACUACUGAUACCGUACAAGCCUGGGAGGGUAUAAUGAUAUUUCGACUUCUAGCCGCCCUGCAAGUGUCCUCGA